AUGUGCCUGUCCAAUGUACUGGCUGUGUUGUUUGAAGGAUUCGUUGAGAAGAAACAACCUAGCUAUCUGUUUGGCACUGGAAUCGAAGGAAUGAAGAAAUCGAAGUCAGGAACUGAGGAUGCCGGUGAACGUGACGAAGUGUACCUGGCUAACCCCUUUGACGCACCGCUGUUCGUCAGUGAGAUCCAACCAUGGCUUCAAAGCGUGCCCGCUGCAGGUCUACGUCAGAAGUGCCAGCGACAGGGUCUCCUCAGUAUGUCUGAUAUUCAAGAUCUACAGCUGACUGAGAGAAACCGAGGCGGUCCUGCGCACAAUCACGAUCUAAUCUUUAUGAUAUUGGCUCACGGGCGUGAAGGCUAUAUCAAGCUCUGCCAUGCUGUCAAGGAGAUGCGAUAUGAAACAAGGCUCGGUCAGAUGAACUUACUCCUGCCACUGGAUAAGCGUGUCUAAGCCCACGCGGUGAGGCAAAGAAUAAAACAGAGCUCUUGACAGAGCACCAUGCUGUAUUGUCUGCGAGUAUUUUCCUGUACUUCUUAGCAAAUCUCUCUCUUUUCUCUCUCCCUCUUUUUACCCCUCGGACUCUCUCCCUUCCCCCCCCUGCUCCUCUCUCUCUCUCUGUCUCUCUCUCUCCCUCUCUCUCUCUCUCUCUCUCUCUCUCUCUCUCUCUCUCUCUCUCUCUCUCUCUCUCUCUCUCUCUCUCUCUCUC